AUGGAUCCCCGCGUGGCCUGGAUCCAGCCCGAGCAGAAAGGCCCCGCGAAUGCGCUGUGGAUGCAGAUCUGGGAGACCUCGCAGGGCGUGGGGGGCCGGGGCGGUGCCAGCUUCCCGCACUACCUCUGCCUCAACUCCCCGGCGCUGGACUCUGCCGCCGCUGCGUCCCCACCCUGCGGCCACAGCUGCGUGCGGCUCGGGGCACCCGACGGCAGCGUCUGCUGCUCUUCCUCGCCGCCUUCGCCUUCGCCUUCCCCUCCGGCCCUGUUGACCGGGCUCAUUCCUGCUGUCGCCGCCGGCUCUGCUACCGUGAACGGCAGCGGCGAGGGAGGGCGGCGGCUGCAGAAGUCGCCUUCCGUGUCUUCCUCGUCCUCCUGCUCGUCGGUGGAAUCCGGCACUGAGAGCCCCGGCUUCUCCUCCUCGGGAUCGUGUAGCGGCGGCGGAGGCGGCGGCUCCUCCUCUUCCUCCUGCGGCCCCCGGGCGGCUGCGGUGGCUCCUCCCGGGCUACUGGGCAGCGGGGCCGGACCCGGGGAGUUCUUUAACUUCCACGAGAACAAAGUAAACGGUCUGAACGGGCACCAUCAGCCUUCGCACCUGGCUCGCAGCCCUCAUCCGCAGCCGCCGGCGUCUCCCCAGCAGCAUCAGUACCACCCAGGCCGGAGGAAACGAGAAAAUAAAGCCAGCACCUAUGGGAUGAAUUACCUGCUCUCCGGCAGUCGUGGAGUCGCCAUCAACAACUCCCCCCACCAGCAGCGGCAGCCGCCUCAGCCAGCACUGCAGAGCCCCGGCACACCCUGGAAGACCAGGAAAUACAGCCCAGGCGUGCAGGGGCUACAUGAAGAAAUAAUUGACUUCUAUGACUUCAUGUCCCCUUGUCCUGAAGAAGCAGCUAUGAGAAGAGAAGUGGUGAAAAGGAUAGAAACAGUCAUCAAAGAUCUUUGGCCUACAGCUGAUGUCCAGAUAUUUGGCAGCUUUAGUACAGGGCUUUAUCUUCCAACUAGUGAUAUUGAUCUAGUUGUUUUUGGGAAAUGGGAACGGCCCCCUUUACAGCUGCUGGAGCAAGCAUUAAGAAAACACAAUGUGGCUGAGCCGUAUUCCAUUAAAGUACUUGAUAAAGCUACGGUACCAAUAAUCAAGCUUACUGACCAGGAAACAGAAGUGAAAGUUGACAUCAGUUUUAAUGUAGAAACUGGUGUGAAGGCAGCUCGAUUUAUCAAGGAGUACAUGAAGAAAUAUUCUUUGCUUCCUUACUUGAUUUUAGUAUUAAAACAGUUCCUUCUUCAGAGGGACUUGAAUGAAGUUUUUACUGGUGGAAUUAGCUCUUACAGCCUGAUUUUAAUGGCAAUUAGUUUCCUGCAGCUGCAUCCAAGAAUUGAUGCCAGAAGAGCUGAUGAAAACCUUGGAAUGCUUCUGAUAGAAUUUUUUGAACUCUAUGGAAGGAAUUUUAACUACUUGAAAACUGGUAUUAGAAUAAAAAAUGGAGGUGCCUAUAUUGCCAAAGAAGAAAUCAUGAAAGUCAUGACUAAUGGAUACAGACCAUCCAUGUUAUGUAUUGAAGAUCCUCUUCUGCCUGGAAACGACGUUGGCAGAAGUUCUUACGGUGCCAUGCAAGUGAAACAAGUUUUUGAUUAUGCCUACAUUGUUCUUAGCCAUGCAGUGUCACCACUUGCAAGAUCAUAUCCAAAUAGAGAUUCUGAGAGCACAUUAGGUAGAAUCAUCAAAGUGACCCAAGAAGUGAUUGACUACAGGGCCUGGAUUAAAAAGAAGUGGGGGAGCAAAAUUAAUAUAUCACCUGAACUUGACAAUAGAUUGAAAAUAAGAGACCAGCUAGCUCCGUGCAAUGGAGAACAGCAACAGAACAGAGACUCUGAACCAUCUUACAACCAACGCUUGACUUUGUCAUUGGCUAGUACACAGCAGUUAUCUUCUGGUUCUUCUGCCUCUUCUGUAUCAUCUCUCUCUGGCAGUGACAUUGAUUCUGAUACACCACCUUGCACAGCUCCUAAUGUUUACCAGUUCAGUCUGCAAGCAGCGACUCAGCUUAUGGCCAGUUUACCACCCGCAUUGCCUAUGCCAAGUGGUAAACCCCAAUCUGCGCCUACGAGAACCUUGAUAAUGGCUGCCAGUAAUCAGCAGCACAGUGGAAUGAAGUUUUCCAUGAAAGGAACUCACAACCAAGGCAACAGCUACAGCCCCGUCAGCAGUGGAGGCAUGAGGCAACCAGUUGGUAACCGAGGACACCACCAGUACAAUCGUAAUAUAUGGAGAAGAAAAAAACACAGGGACAGUUUGCCUAUUAGUCUGAGCAGAUAA